AUGGAAACUUCAAUGGCUCUUUCUCCCUCUCCUUUUUCUCCUUCUCCCUCUCCUUCUCCCUCUCUUCCCACUAAAAAAUUUGAACCCAAAGUCGAAACCAUCAAACGAAGGCUUCUAAAGAAAGGCUUGGAACCAACGCCCAAAAUCAUUCACACCCUCCGCAAGAAAGAAAUUCAAAAACACAACCGCAAGCUGAACAAAAUUCGCCGAACCCAGCAACCGCCGCCACUCACUGAAUCCGAAAAACAAGCCCUCGCCGAGGAAUCCCACUUUCUGACAGUGAAGCGCGAGUACAGAGACUUCACCAAGGCGGUAGAGCCGAGAGGAAGUGAAGGAAGUGGGGUUCUUUUGGAGGGGAGGCCCUGGGAAAAGAUAGGUAAAGUUAAGCUAAGGGAGAUUUCUGGCCGCUGUAAAGAUUUCGACGGAGGGAAGCCGAAAAGGGAGAAUCUGAGGGAACUGAAGGAGAUAUUUGAGGGCAAUUUGAAGUGGGUGUUGGAUGAUGAUAUCGAUUUUGAAGACGAUGACUUUUCCAGGACUGAAAAUGAAACUAAUUUGGAACCCUCCAAGCGAAAGUGCAGUGAAGGGGAAACAAUCCAGUUUCUUGUUAACAAGUUGUGUCUUAAAGAGGCGACGACGGUGAAGGACUGGAAAUUAGCGAGGAUGAUGAAGCAGUCAGGAUUGCAAUUUACAGAAAGGCAGUUGUUGAAGAUUGUGGAUACGUUAGGAGCGAAAGGACAAUGGAAACAAGCUUUAGCAGUUGUUGAGUGGGUAUAUAACGAUAAGGAUAGGAAAGAAUUCAUGAGCAGGUUUGUCUACACAAAAGUCUUGUCGGUACUUGGCAAGGCAAGGAGACCACAGGAAGCUCUUCACAUUUUCAACCUGAUGCGUGAAGAUUGCAACACAUACCCGGAUAUGGCUGCAUAUCACAGUAUUGCUGUUACACUUGGUCAAGCUGGUCUUCUGAAGGAAUUGAUGAAAGUUAUGGAAGUCAUGAGAGAGAAGCCUCCUAAAAGAGUUAGUAUUAUGCGGAAGAAGGAUUGGGACCUAUGCCUUGAACCUGAUUUGGUUAUAUAUAAUGCUGUGUUGAAUGCUUGUAUUCCAUCACAGCAGUGGAAGGGCGCCUCAUGGGUAUUUGAGCAGUUGAGAAAGGGUGGUCUAAAACCUAAUGGAGCAACAUAUGGGUUAGCAAUGGAGGUAAUGCUACGGUCUGGAAAAUAUGACUUGGUCCAUGAGUUCUUUAACAAGAUGAACAGAAGUGGACAAGCUCCAAAAGCUCUUACAUACAAAGUUCUAGUUAGAGCUUUUUGGGAGGAAGGUAAAGUAAACGAAGCAGUGGAAGCGGUAAGAGAUAUGGAAGACAGAGGUGUGGUUGGAGUAGCAAGUGUGUAUUAUGAGCUAGCAUGUUGCCUUUGUCAUCAAGGGAGGUGGCGAGAUGCCAUGCAUGAGGUUGACAAGAUUAGAAGGGUUCCCCAAAGUAAACCUUUGGAGUACACUUUCACGGGGAUGAUCCUAGCUGCCAUGGAUGGAGGACACAUCCAUGAUUGCAUAGCUAUUUUCGAGCAUAUGAAAUCUCAUUGUGUCCCUAACAUAGGGACCAUAAACACGAUGCUGAGAGUUUAUUGCCAAAAUGAUUUCUUCUCUGCGGCGAAGAGCUUGUACGAAGAAAUUAAGAUCACCUAUGGUACUCAUUGCACACCAGAUGGAUACACUUACAGUGCUAUGCUUGAAGCAUCUGCCAACGCACUUGAGUGGGAAUACUUUGAGCAUGUGUACAGAGAGAUGGUAUUUUCUGGAUAUCAGUUAGAUCAAACAAAACACGGAUUGCUACUUGUGAAAGCUUCUAGAGCUGGGCAGGGACAUCUUUUGGAGCAUGCAUUCGACACGAUUUUGGAAGCAGGAGAAAUCCCUUCUCCACUUUACUUCAUUGAACUGGUAUGCCAAGCUGCAAGAGAUCAGAACUAUGAGAAAGCCGUUACACUUGCCAAUGCUGCAGCGUAUGCGCCAUUCCAGAUCAGUGAAGCCCAGUGGAAAGAUAUACUCAAGUCUUAUGGACGUAAGAUCAGUACGGACAGUUUACACAAGCUUUUAACUGCAAUUAGUAAUUGCCAUCUUCCAUCAGAAGCCACCGUCUCAAACUUAUCAAAAGCAUUACGAGCUCUCUGUGGAAAUGAAACGUUUGGUUAUAUGGAUCCUAGUAGGCAGAAAGAGCUUUUGUAA